AUGCUUUCUCAAUCUUUCAAAAGAUUUUUUUCUGCUAUGUCCAAGAAGAACGUGGCUGUUAUCCUGUCUGGUUGUGGAGUGUAUGAUGGUAGCGAGAUCCAUGAGGCUGUAUUCGUGAUGGAGAGCAUUAGCCGUAACAAUGCGAACUAUCAGUGCUUUGCUCCUAACAUGGAACAGAUGCAUGUUGUGAACCAUCUCACUGGAGAACCAUCAUCCGAAAAGCGCAAUGUGCUCGUGGAGAGCGCUAGAAUUGCGAGAUCCAACGUACAGGAUUUGAACAACCUGGACGUUUCCAAAUAUGACGCAAUCAUUCUUCCGGGAGGGUUUGGAGCUGCCAAAAACCUGUCGAACUUCGGAGUCGUGGGUGCGGACAUGGAGGUGAAGGAGGGAGUCUCCUCGGCUGUGAAAGCCUUCCAUUCCGCAAAGAAGCCGAUUGGCGCUUGCUGCAUCGCUCCUGUGAUCCUGGCGCGCACUCUCCCUGGAGUUAAAGUCACUUUAGGCCAGGAGCAGGUGAGCGAGGAGUAUCCCUAUGCCGAUGCUUGCAAGGCAGCGACGGUGAUGGGAGCGACGCAUGUACCUUGUGGCGCUACGGAUAUUUGCGUUGAUGCUGAGAACCGUGUGGUGACGACGCCCGCGUACAUGCGCAAUAGCCCGAUUCAUGUAGUGCGCGAUGGAAUUAACAAGAUGGUGGAGGAAGUGCUGAAGAUGGCUUUGUGUGUUUGA